GGAUGCAGCGCACGCAUAGGGCGACAAACGUUCACAACGGCUGAAUUCGUUGCAUGUAUUUUUGCUGCACCAGUGAUUGUGCUCUGUGACCAUCGUGAAGACAAAUUUUACCGCCAUAUAAGGACGGAAAUCUCCGCCAAGUCGCUGCUUCCUAAUGCAAUCACUGUUUGGUCGGGGGCCAAAAAGUCGCGCGCGUCGUGACUUGAUAAACCAGGUUGUAAAUCUGCGGUACCAGCGAAUUUAUUUGACAAAAACAGCACUGAAACGUAGUGCCCCGUCACUAAGCGGAAACAUAGUUUCUGUGGUAACAAUGGAUAGAUGGAUACAACUUUAUUGGACAUCUGGCAAGGUUUAACGCGACCCGAGCCUAGGUCUCCCACGGCGGAACGUCAAGGCCCUGCCUCAGUGCUGCCUCACGGGUUUGCUGGACUGUGGUAACAAGAAAAGAAAACAACAUGAGAACAUCUACAUAUUUCGACUAAAAAUGAAUUGAAGCUUUCACCCGACUUCGACAAGUCCUAAAUGGCAAACCGGUUCUGUGCCAAUGACCCCGACGUGCUGUUCGAGGCGUCCCGCAUGGUGGUCGGGCAGUGCUGUGCGGUGGAUCUCAACUUGGGCUGCCCCCAAGCCAUCGCCCGUGCCGGGCAUUACGGUGCUUUUCUUCAGGACGAAUGGGACCUCCUCUCCAGAAUGGUGAACAAGUUACACACGGAGCUUGAGAUUCCGAUCACCUGCAAAGUGCGAGUGUUUCCAGAAGUCGAGAAGACUGUUGAGUAUGCCAAGAUGCUUGAGGCGGCUGGGUGUCAGGUGCUGACUGUCCACGGCCGGACAAGAGACCAGAAAGGACCAUUCACCGGUCUCGCAAAUUGGGAACACAUCAAGGCAGUGAAGCAGAAUGUCAAGAUACCUGUGAUUGCCAAUGGAAACAUUCAGUAUCUGCAAGAUGCUAUUCGAUGCCUUGAAGAGACCGGAGUUGAUGCAGUAAUGUCAGCUGAGGGCAACCUGCAUAAUCCGUACUUGUUCACCGGGAAUCAGCGUCCCGUCUGGGAGGCAGCGCUGGAAUACCUGGAACUGGUCCGACAAUACCCGUGUCCAACCUCGUACAUCCGAGGGCACUGCUUCAAGCUUCUCCACCACUGCAUGACCAUGCCCGAGAAUGUGGACUUGAGGGAAAAGCUUGCCAAGGCGAACACUGUCGAGACAUUCGAAGAGGUCGCCACUGCACUAAGGGAACGGUAUCAGGACAAAACCUGGGACCCAGAUUACAACUGUCCGCAGGCUGACCUUCCUUUCCCACCCUGGAUCUGCCAGCCGUAUGUGAGACCCAGCCCUGAGGUGGUCCAGGAGACGAAGCGAGACCUGAACGCCGAGUACCUGAAGCUCCUGGAGCUGACAGCAGCCAUUAAGCGCCCCGUCGACUUGGACCUGCUCAGCCUGUCCAGGAAGCAGCUCAAGCGCUUGCGCAAGAACCCCCGCAAGGCCUUCGCCAACCGUGAGCAGUUUGUGCCCUGCGCCAAGUGCCCCAAUCCCAGGUGUACAAAGUGUGUCUACGAUCUCUGCAAACCGUGCUGUCGUAACCGGGUGAAAGAGAACUUUGAGAAUUGCGAAGGGCACAGUUUCUUCUUCAAGCCGAGAACAGAAGAAGAAGAAUUGAAAAUGAGAAAAGCCAGGGAUGCAAAGAAUGUCUCGAACACGCCCACAGACAGUGUGACGGGAAGCUCCUUAAUUGAAACUGACUUCUCAGAAAUACCAACUUGACUUUAAUUCGCAGGAAAGUCAGCCCAUUCAACUGUACAGAUGUGGAGUAAUAUAUGUACAUACCACUGGCAAAUAA